CGCGCGGCGGCGGGUGUGCGAGGCGCGGGCUGUUGUGCUCCUAGCUCUCCUCUUUCCCCUCUUUGGCGGGUGGAGGAGGCCGAAGUGGUGCUGGGCGCGCCCCCAUCUUCCUCUCCCUCCGGCGAUCUCUCCCGGCCCUCUCGCGCUGCGCGGUCUCUCCGACGCAAGACUGUCCCAGCCCGGAUAUGGCUCGUGGGCAGCAGAAGAUUCAGUCUCAGCAGAAAAAUGCCAAAAAGCAAGCUGGACAAAAGAAGAAACAAGGACAUGACCAAAAGGCUGCUGCCAAAGCUGCUUUAAUAUAUACCUGCACUGUCUGUAGGACACAAAUGCCAGACCCUAAGACCUUCAAGCAGCACUUUGAGAGCAAACAUCCUAAGACCCCACUUCCUCCAGAAUUGGCUGAUGUUCAAGCAUAAAGUUGUUUACAGGUGAAUUCAUGAUACCGUUGACUCUUCUACUGUCUCAGACCUUAGGUAACAAACCUGCAGCUGCUUUUCUAACAAACUGUUGAUCAGCAAAAAUAAAGGGGCUACAGAAACACUCAUUUUUAUGGUGUUCCCUUUUGGGCUUCAUGCAAAGACAAUUCUGUGUAAAUGUACAGUUGACUCUGAUUUGGAAAUCUGAAAAUCAGUCCGUCCUUGUUAUAAAAAUUUUUUUACAAUUGUAAUUAUAUUGAUGUUCAUAUUGUGUAAAAUAACUCAUUUAAUAAAGUAGUACUUUGAUUUUACAACAUCGCAGGAUAAAUGGUUCUAGAAACUCUGUUCUAAGUUUCCACAUUAUUUGCCUUAUAAAGUCUAAUGAAUUCAUCAGCUAGAAUUGCAAGCGCAGUUCUUAUCCCCCUUUCCCAGCUCAAUGGCAGGUUCAUUAGUUAAACUAGAGCAGACUCAUUCAUUAAAUUUGUGUACAGGAUUUUAUUGGCAGCUGAUAAUCUAGGUGAAGAAUGUCUUGCCUGCUGCCUUAGUAUAUUGCAUUUAUGUGUCAUUUCCAAACACUUUGAUCAUUUCAUGUGUUUUGAGGUUGGAUCUUUCCACUUGCUGUGUGGCCUGGCUGUAGUUGCCAGCCAGGUGUAUCCUGCAGAUAACUGAUAAUUUCCUAAAGUAUUGGAUUGUCAGUGAGCCCUUCGGAAAGAUUAGGUUCUGAAGUACAUACCAUAAUGAAAAUAAUCAGUAAGCUUAUCGUUUAAUACAAAAUAUGGACGGAACAAACAGUGUGAACUGGUAAGGAGCUAGCUUUUUAUAAACUAUCCUAGGUUCUUUGAAAAUUAUUCAAGUUCUUUAAUUUGAAAUUACAGUUUGUAAUUUGGAAGUUAUUCGUGAUGUGGCCAAUUUUAUGAAUGGAUUUUGCACUGACAGGAAGAUUAGAAUGAUUUGUGGCUGGGUUAAUUCCCAGAACCGUCUUCCUCUCUUUUUUAAGUGAGUUGUUGAUUUUAGGAGUUUACUUUGUGUUGAUUCCUAAAAUCAAAGACUGUGUCUACAGUGUGACUUCAGUAUGAACUAGAAAAGUAUUAAAAUAGGCCAAUAUUCUCAUUCUUUUAGAUAGAAGUAUGGGGAAGUAGAUUGGUUCAGAUGGAUGAGGUAAACUCUGCCAAGUUAAAGAAGACUAAGUUUAGGGUUCUUCUAAUUUACUUUUGUCAUAUAUUAAGCUGUGUGAGUAGAACUGCUGUAACAGGUUUUUUUCCUAACUCAAUUUAAAUUUUAAAGU